UGUCGUAAAAUGAUGAAUACACGUUGCAGCUACGGGAAGCUGUCCCAGACUUCUUCCAUGUCAUCUCGAGACCCCGCCCAGACGUUGGGCCCUCGUUCUGUUGCCGUACAUGGCCUACCGCAGGAUGAAACAUCGCUGACUGUGUGGGUGCAUGCGUUGUCGAAAACGAGGUUGAGGCAUCCAUCAUCUGAGAAGAACCGUCGCCGGUGAGGGCAGCUCCAGUGAGUGCAGGACAUGGUGCGGAUGUCGUCGAACGAGAAACCUCGGUCUUCGUACUUUCUCCUUGCAGUGAGUGC